AAAUCAAAAUAAAUCAAAAUAAAUCACACACACACACACAAUCAAAUCAAUUCCAACUUCAGUUUCGAUUCCAAUAUCAAUGUCAACAAUUCCUUCCGAUUUAUAUCCGUCACAAGAUGACCUUCUGUACGAAGAAGAACUUCUCCGAAAUCCAUUCAGUCUAAAACUAUGGUGGCGAUAUUUAAUCGCCCGAACCGACGCGCCGUUCAAAAAACGGUCCGUUAUUUACGAACGAGCACUAAAAGCAUUACCAGGAAGCUACAAACUCUGGCACGCGUAUCUCCGAGAACGACUCGAAUUGGUACGUAAUUUACCCGUUUCGUAUCCGCAAUAUCAGGCUUUAAAUAAUACAUUUGAACGUGCCUUAGUUACUAUGCAUAAAAUGCCUAGAAUUUGGAUUAUGUAUUUGACUAGUUUGACUGAACAAAAGCUAGUUACUAGGACACGUAAAGCGUUUGAUAGGGCGUUAUGCGCGUUGCCCGUUACGCAACACGAUAGGAUUUGGGAGAAGUAUUUGGUUUUUGUUAGUCAGAAAGGGGUUCCGAUUGAGACGGCGUUAAGGGUUUAUAGACGGUAUUUGAAGUAUGAUCCGGGUCAUAUUGAGGAUUUGAUUGAGUUUUUGUUGAAUUCGGAGUUGUGGCAAGAGGCUGCGGAGAGGUUGGCGGGUGUUUUGAAUGACGAUAGGUUUUAUUCGAUUAAAGGGAAGACGAAACAUAGGUUGUGGUUGGAGCUUUGUGAUUUGCUUACGCAACAUGCGAGUGAGAUUUCGGGGUUGAAUGUUGAUGCGAUUAUUAGAGGCGGGAUUAGGAAGUUUAGUGAUGAGGUGGGUCGGCUUUGGACUUCGUUGGCGGAUUAUUAUAUUAGGAGGAAGUUGUUGGAGAAGGCGAGAGAUGUAUUUGAAGAAGGGAUGACGACGGUUGUUACUGUUAGGGAUUUUAGUGUGAUUUUUGACGCGUAUUCGCAGUUUGAGGAGAGUGUGCUUGCUUUGAAGAUGGAAGGGUUGAGUGAGAGCGAGGAUGAAGAGGAAAACGGUGUUGAAGAUGAUGAUGGAGAUGAGGAAGAAGAGGAUCGGCUAAAUGUGGGAAAGUUGGAGGAGAAGCUUAAGAAAUUUUGGUUGUCAGACGAUAAAGAUGUUGAUUUGAGGAUAGCGAGAUUAGAGCAUCUUAUGGAUAGAAGGCCCGAACUCGCUAAUAGUGUUCUUCUUCGUCAAAAUCCUCAUAAUGUUGAACAGUGGCAUAGGAGAGUUAAGAUCUUUGAAGGGAAUCCAACAAAGCAGAUCUUAACAUAUACAGAAGCAGUACGAACAAUUGACCCAAUGAAAGCGGUUGGCAAACCUCAUACCUUGUGGGUUGCGUUUGCUAAAUUGUAUGAAACUCAUAAGGACAUUGCUAAUGCAAGGGUGAUUUUUGAUAAGGCUGUGCAAGUUAACUAUAAAGCUGUGGAUAAUCUUGCUAGUGUUUGGUGUGAAUGGGCAGAAAUGGAGCUCAGACACAAAAAUUUCAAGGGAGCAUUGGAACUAAUGAGGCGUGCUACAGCUGAACCAUCCGCUGAAGUGAAACGCAGAGUGGCUGCUGAUGGCAAUGAACCAGUACAAAUAAAGUUGCACAAAUCGCUAAGGCUUUGGACUUUUUAUGUGGAUUUAGAAGAGAGUCUGGGCACCUUGGAAUCCACCCGUACUGUAUAUGAGAGGAUCUUGGAUCUACGAAUUGCUACACCGCAGAUUAUUAUAAACUAUGCAAUGCUGCUAGAGGAUAACAAGUACUUUGAAGAUGCUUUUAAGGUCUAUGAAAGAGGGGUGAAGAUCUUCAAAUAUCCUCAUGUGAAGGACAUUUGGGUUACUUAUCUCUCGAAGUUUGUGAAAAGAUACGGGAAGUCCAAACUUGAAAGGUCCAGAGAGCUGUUUGAGCAUGCUGUUGAAAUGGCUCCUUCUGAAGUUGUGAAGCCCUUGUAUCUUCAAUAUGCUAAGUUGGAGGAGGAUUAUGGUCUAGCUAAACGAGCAAUGAGAGUUUAUGAUCAAGCAGCAAAAGCUGUCCCAGCUAAUGAGAAGUUGAGCAUGUAUGAAAUUUACAUAGCACGUGCAGCUGAAAUUUUUGGAGUCCCUAAAACUAGGGAGAUUUAUGAACAGGCAAUUGUUUCUGAUGGGCUUCCCGAGAAGGAUGCCAUGAAGAUGUGCAUCAAGUAUGCAGAGCUUGAGAAGAGUCUUGGAGAAAUUGAUCGUGCCCGUAAAAUAUAUGUUUAUGCAUCUUGGCUUGCGGAUCCACGCUCUGAUGGUGAUUUUUGGAAGAAGUGGCAUGAUUUUGAAGUACAACAUGGUAACGAGGAUACUUUCCGCGACAUGCUUCGUAUUAAGAGGAGUGUUUCUACUAGACAUAGCCAGACACAUGUGAUGCUCCCGGAGUUUUUAAUGCAGAAGUCAACUGUAGAUGCCGGUACCCCUGAAGAUGGAAUGGCUGCUUUAGAAAGGCAGUUGGCUCCUGCUGACCCGGAAAACCUUCCUUCCAAUGAUACUACUGCUAGAAAGCUUGGAUUUGUAAGUGCUGGUGUACAGGUAUCGCAAAAAGAAUCAGGAAUACUACAAAACCAAGAAGAGAUCGAUCUUCCGGAAGGGAGCGAUAGUGACGAAGAAGAUGGUGAUGGAAAAGUUGAGAUUGCACAGAAAGAUGUACCUGAUGCUGUGUUUGGUGGGCUUAUCAGAAAAAGAGAUGAAGAAGCAGAAAAAGAAAAAGAAAAUGGAGAUGGUGAGACCCGUCUUGGUGCACUUGAAAGAAUGAAAAGGAGGCGUCAAGGUAACUAAUAUUCUGAGGUCUGAAGCCCGUCUCAUUUUUGUUUCUUUUAACAUUUUACUCGAAAAAUUCUUUAGAAAUGUGUAAAAAACUUUAAUCUUGUUGUUUCAUGAUGUUACUAGAAAUCUUUAUGGCGUUGGAAGAGAAUAUGUACAAGAUUUUGAUAGGCAUAAUCGUCAACUAAUUUACUUGCCCACGCUUAUUAUUUC